AUGCUUUCUAAUGAUCUUGGAGUGGCCCCAUAUAUGCCUGAUGCAUGGAAUUCCGGUUUCGCAAAGACCAACCCUGCACCAUAUGAUUGCUCAAUACAUGGAAGCAAAUCAAACUAUCAUUCCCAUGAUCAUUCGGUUUAUGGAGAAUUGGUAAAUAUGAACUCACUCAUAGACCUCCAAAUGAAGGGAAGGCGUGUUGGGUUGCAUGUGGGGAGGACAUAUAGAUUGGCAUGCUUUUUCGACUAA